AUAUAUAUAUAUAUAUAUAUAUAUAUAUAUAUAGACACACACACCCGGGAUUCUCAACAAGGCAGGUUGAGGGGCUCCAGGGUACUUGUUUGAUGCAGAGGAAACUGGCUUUUCACUUUCCUCAUUUGUUUGUAAAGUCCAUUUUGGGACCUGGAGCCUGGAGAUUACAAAGUGAUUUGGGAGGGAUGAAAUCUCCAAUCCUGGAACCAGGUUUUGGGAAUGGCCAGGAUACUGAUUGGUCAGGUGUGUGUGUCUCUCUUCUAGAGUCAGGACCAGGGAUCUGGGCUCCAUCCUCCCGAGAGGAG